GUUUAACCACUUUUUUCUUAUCAUUAAAUAUUUCCUUGUCACUUUCACUGCUCAUUUCAUCUAAGCUACAAGCAUCAUCACUGUUAUCAUUAUAUAGAUCACUAAUUACUGGUUUUCUUCUAGAUGUAUUUCCCACUAAUUUUGAGAGCAUAAAAUCCUCAUCUUUACUACUGCUAAACCGGAGCUUUUCAAUCACUUUUUUACCUCUUCUAUUCAUUCAUUAUUUUUGUUUUCCCUGAGAGUCCUUUUUAUUCUUAAUAGCCUUAUUCUUCAAGUGCCUUUUUUUUCUUCAGGAAUGUCUGUAUAAAUCGCAGAUCUUCCUCCCUUUUCGACCUUGGUUAUUUUCUUUUUGAGUUUCUGCCUUUGGAAAUAGUCUCACUCAUUCAGGUAUUAUUGUCAGAAGCGAAUCGCUUACUAGGGACUCAUUCAUAUUUUGCAUAAAUAAACUUGUUGAUGGAAUUGGCGUAUCACUCACAAUAGCUGAUAAAAAUGUAAGAAUGUCAUCAAAUACAUCUCGAUUAAAGGGAUAGAUUCCAUUUACUUGAAAACCAGAAACAAUAUUCUUUGGUAUUAAGGAAAUAGUAUAUGCUAUGCCUACAGAUUCAGCAAUAUCAUAGAUUUUUAUAGGCCUUCCAGCAUGUGCAAGCAUCCAUUUAUUACAACCAAUAUUAUAAUGUUUUUUAACAGAACUGAAUGCGGUACGAUCCAAAGCCUGCAGUUUAUGACUUGUGUGAGGUGGCAAAGUGAGCACAAUAAUUCUAUUUUCUUUACAGAAAUCAAUGACUGCAAUAGUUAUAAAUGUAUUAUGAUUGUCAAUUAUUAGGAUGAUAUUGUUAUUUUUUGUUGUUUUACAAAGUGUUUGAAAUAAAGCAAAAAUGUUUGAAAUGUUGACAAACCACGUGGAUUUGCAGCCCCAAUGGUACCAAGGGGUGCCCCAUUUAGCAUAUGAUGUUUAAAAAACUUUCUAAGGAAAAUCAAAAAUGGUGGCACUGAAUUACCAAUGGCAUUUAAAGCAGAAAUAAUUGUUAUAAGUUUACCAAGCAUUCCUGGUGUCAUUUGCAACUCCUGCUUUACUCUUUUUCCAGCUAUAACUUUUGGUGGUACAUGAACAGUUGUGAGCCCUGACUCGCCAAGAUUAAAAAUUUUACUACCUGAAAAGUUCUUACGUUGGAGAGUUAAUUCUAAAUUUUCGUGAAACUUGCUCACAUUGUCCGUUCUGAAGCUGGUGGCUCGAGAAGUACCAGUUGGUCCUGGUUUUCGAAGUGAAAACAUAACACCGGGCCUUCUUUUGAAUCCAAUGUACGAGUCUUUCCCAGAUUUUUUUUCGUUUUCCCAGUUUGGAGGAAUGUUCUUCUGGUUCUACCUAUGGUAAAGUAUUACCAUAGGUAGAGAGUUCUGUCUAGCGCCAUCUACAGCUCGUAUAAUGAAGUUUCAUCAGGGGACUUGACGUCAGUCGCAAGACUUUCAUUAUUUGAAGUAUUGGAUUAAGUUAAUUAGCAUUACAGAAAUAAACAGCUUAGAGCGAUUUCCACAAGUUUGUUAUUGUAUUUGUUUUACCAAAGAUCUAAUAGCUAUUAAAUCUUAAAUUAAAUUAGAUUUGUUGACCGUAAUAAAAAAAAUUACCCGAUUCUACAGAGUAUAACAAUAUUACUCACAUUCAAGCUUGAAUUGUUUCCCCUAAGACCUUCGGAUUUUUGGAAAGUGAAGAAUUUUUUAGUCAGUAGUUACAUAAUGAUAAAAGCAAGCAGAAGUGUUAUCAUGAUAUAAAAACGAAUAAAAGGUUUAAUCAAAAUCAUUGGAUGUAUAUCAUAGAAGUUAAAAUUAAAGAAGAUAUGCAUAAAUUUAUUGCACUGUCAUAAUUUUUAAGCCGCAUAAUUAAAAUCCAAUUUAAAAAAAUUCAAUAUCAAUAUCCCUAUUGUAUUGAAAAUGAGAAAUUUAACUGAUAAUCCAUUUUGCGUGUUGAUAUGUUAUAUUGUCUAAAAGUAAACUUUCAAAGUGGUUUUGAAGUUCCAGUACUGUUAGUAAAUUGAAGAAAUCUGUUAGCUGUUUUUAAUAAUGACGCUUUUUUUGUCCCAUUUUUUAAAAUUUAUUUCUUAACGUUGCUGUUAUUUUACUCAUUCUUGAAUGUCAUAUGAUAAAUAUUUAAUCAAUUAUCUGUAAUUUGUCCAAUUUUUAUUCCUUUCAUCAGUUUAAUUGUAAAAAAUACAUAUAAAUGUUCACAACAAAAAUAUUAUUCUCAAAAUACUUCUGUGUUUUUGUAAAGGUUUAGAAAUAGACAUAUUUUUUUCAACAUGUCUAGCAAAAUUUUUUUAGGUCAACCUCUUUUAAAUUGCCCCAGCUCUGAUGAUACUAAUGAAAAACCUUAUUUCUGUGCUGAAAAAAGUGCUUUAUCUCCACAAAAUAUUGUUCCUAUUGCUGAAACGCCUUUAUCUUGUAUCAUAUGUAAUAAGAUUUUUAUAAGUACUAAAGCUUUGAAAAGACACAGUAUGUUUCAUACGGAAGAAAAACCUUACUAUUGUAAUAUAUGUAACAAGAGUUUUUCUAUAAAAAGAUAUUUAAUUAGACAUAGCAUUGUUCAUUCUGAUGAAAAACCAUUUUCUUGCUGUACGUGUAACAAGAGCUUUUCAAGAAAACAUGGUUUAAUUAAGCACAUGUUAGUUCAUACUAGAGAAAAGCCAUAUUCUUGUAGUAUAUGUAACAAAAGUUUUUCUCAAAUAACUACUUUAAAAUCACACAAACUAGUUCAUACUGGUGAAAAACCCUAUUCUUGUACUAUAUGCAAUAAAGAUUUUUCCACUAAAAGUAGUUUAAUUGACCACGACCUUGUUCAUAGUGGGGAGAAAAAGCAUUUUUGUCGCAUAUGUAAUAAGAGAUUUAAAAAUAAAAAUAAUUUGACUAAGCAUAAUUUAAUUCAUACAGGUGAAAAACCUUACUCUUGUAGUUUAUGUAAUAAAAGUUUUUUAAGAAAGGGGGAUUUAACUAAACAUAUCCACGUCCAUACAGGUGAGAAACCUUUUUCUUGUAAUAUAUGCAAUAGGAGUUUUUCAACGAGUAGUAAUUUAAAUGAGCACAUUCUUGUUCAUACUGGUGAAAAGCGUUAUUCUUGUAGUAUAUGUGCUAAGAGUUUUUUAAGAAAGGGUGAUUUAAGUAAACACAGCCUAGUCCAUACAGGUGAAAAACCUUUUUCAUGUAACAUAUGCAAUAAAAGUUUUUCAACAAGUAGUAAUUUAAAUGAGCACAUCCUUUUUCAUACUGGUGAAAAACGUUAUUCUUGUAGUAUAUGUGAUAAGAGAUUUUUAAGAAAGGGUGAUUUAAGAAGACACAGCAUGGUCCAUACAAGUGAAAAACCUUUUUAAUGCAACAUAAGCAAUUAGAGUUUUGUUUUGAGCAGUAAUUUAAAUGAACACACCCUUUCUCAUACUGGAAGAAAAUCAUAUUCUUGUAGUAUAUGUAAUAAGAGUUUUUUAAGAAAGGGUUAUUUAGCAAAACACAGUUUUAUCUAUCCAGGAAAAAAAAAACUUUUUUUCACCCUAUAACUAUGUAUUUAUGCAGUAACUCUUUUUCAACAUGCAGUUAUUUAAUUUACAAUCCUCGCUUAUACAUUAAUUCAUUCAAUUAAAG